AUGCUUCUAGAUGACUGUUAUUACCAAGGACACAUCAUUAAUGAAAAAGUUUCUGAAGCUAGCAUCAGCACAUGUAGGGGUCUAAGGGGCUACUUCAGUCAGGGAGAUGAAAAGUACUUCAUUAAACCUUUAAGCCCCACAUAUCAGGAUGAACAGGAACAUGCACUCUUCAAGCACGAUCUUGAAGAAAAGAAGAGUGACAGCACCUGUGGGAUGGAUGACAUAUCAUGGCCACAUGGAUCUCGGCAGAAUAUAGCCCCACCUGCCACCAGUCUGGUUAAAUCGAAAGAUCGGAAGGUUUGGGAACAUAAGAAAUAUAUAGAAUAUUAUUUGGUCCUGGAUAAUGGUGAGUUUAAAAAAUACAAUCAAGAUACAGAGGAAAUAAGAAAGAGAAUGUUUGAGAUGGCCAAUUAUGUCAACAUGCUUUAUAAAAAGCUCAAUACUCAUGUGGCCUUAGUUGGGAUGGAAAUCUGGAAUGACAAAGAUAAGAUAAAGAUAACACCAAAUGCAAGCUUUACCUUGGAAAACUUUUCUCAAUGGAGGGGGAGUGUCCUCCCAAGGCGAAAGCGUCAUGAUAUCGCUCAGUUAAUCACGGCAACAGAAUUUUCUGGAACAACUGUCGGUCUUGCUUUCAUGAAUACAAUGUGCUCUCCUUAUCAUUCUGUUGGCAUUGUUCAGGAUCACAGUGACAAUGUGCUUAGAAUUGCAGGAACAGUGGCUCAUGAAAUGGGCCAUAACUUUGGAAUGUUCCAUGACUCCUAUGUUUGCAAGUGCCCUUCUACAAUAUGUGUGAUGGACAAAGCACUAAGCUUUUAUAUACCUACGGAUUUCAGUUCCUGCAGCCGUGUCAGCUAUGACAAGUUUUUUGAAGAUAAAUUAUCAAAUUGCCUCUUUAAUGCUCCAUUGCCUACAGAUAUCAUAUCCACCCCGGUCUGUGGGAACCAGUUGGUAGAAAUGGGAGAAGACUGUGAUUGUGGGACUUCCGAGGAAUGUACCAACAUUUGCUGUGAUGCUAAAACAUGUAAAAUCAAAGCAGGUCUUCAAUGUGCUUUAGGAGAAUGCUGUGAAAAGUGCCAGCUUAAAAAGGCUGGUACGGUGUGCAGACCAGCAAAAGAUGAGUGUGACCUGUCAGAAAUGUGUGAUGGUAAAUCUGGUAUUUGCCCUGAUGAUCGAUUCCGAAUCAAUGGCUUCCCAUGCCAGAAUGGGAAGGGUUACUGCUUGAUGGGGAUGUGCCCUACACUGCAGGAGCAGUGCAUGGAGAUGUGGGGACCAGGAACCGAGGUUGCAGAUAAAUCAUGUUACAGCAAGAAUGAAGGUGGGUCAAAGUACGGGUACUGUCGCAAAGUGAACAACACACACUUGCCUUGUAAAGCAAAUGAUAUCACGUGUGGGAAGUUGUUCUGUCAAGGUGGGUCAAACAAUUUGCCCUGGAAAGGACGCAUAGUAACUUUCCUGACAUGUAAAACAUUUGAUCCUGAAGAAAGCAGUCAAGAAAUAGGCAUGGUAGCCAACGGAACAAAGUGUGGAAACAAGAAGGUUUGCAUUAAUGCAGAAUGUGUGGAUAUCGAGAGAGCCUACAAAUCAACCAAUUGUUCAUCUAAGUGCAAAGGACAUGCUGUGUGUGACCAUGAGCUCCAGUGUCAGUGUAAAGAAGGCUGGGCCCCUCCCGACUGCGAUGACUCCUCAGAGGUCUUCCACUUCUCCAUUGUGGUUGGGGUGCUGUUCCCUGUGGCAAUCAUAUUUGUGGUGGUUGCUAUAGUAAUCAAGCACCAAAGCAUCAGAGGGAAACAGAAGAAAGUCCAGAGGUCACUAUCUACCACUGGCAUCAGACCACAUCGACAGAAGAAGAAACCACAGACGGUGAAGGCUGUUCAACCCCAAGAGAUCAGUCAGAUGAAGCUUCACGCACCUGAUCUGCCAGUAGAGGGCAGUGAGCCUCCAGCUUCUUUUCUAAUUACAAAGCCAGAUUUUCCACCACCACCAAUUCCUACAUCUCUAUCAUCUUCCUCUUUCCUUCAUAAAGACUCAAAAGUAUUUCUUUCUACUGCUUUUAAGGAUAAGCCAAUGUCUACACCUAAGGACUCCAAUCCAAAUGUCUGAAGCAACAGCUAAGCAAAGAUUGGUGGGUAAAUGAUCAACUUGGAAGACUGGACAAUCUGGAUGGAAGAAAAAUAUACAAACUUUCUCAUUGCUAUUGGUCUUGAUACCCAAAGAGGUCAACAUUUCUUGAUUCGUGUUACAUUUUGAAAGAUAAACAAAAAUUUUCAAGAGAUACACAUUCUUGAGAAUCUUUGUCUGAAUUUAAAUUUCUAUUCUCCCUACUCAGGAGAAGGAAGAUGACUCUAAAGAUACAGCUAUGAAGCUGAAAUCUCAAAUUAAGUGACUUUUUUAGACACUCCCCCCCCUUUUUUUUUUUUACUGUAAUGUUGACUAAUAGUUGUUCAAAUAUUUUGAAUGCCUUACUUUUCUCAUUUGGUAGGAAUUAAUUUACUCUCUAAUCAAAAUAAAAUAAAACAAUAAAACAAAACAAAAACACAAGAAAUCACAGGAAAGUGGGACAGAUGAGAGGAAAUUAUACAUUCAUCAUUAGAAAACUAACAACAACUUGAUUGUUUUAACUAUUAGCCUGUUAAAAUAGAGCCCUCAGUAAGAAUAUUAUAUAAACAUUUUUGACUUAUAUAAUAUCUCUUUCCUACACUAUCUUCUUUAAUCCUUAUUAGCUGUGCUAUUUGAGGUUUACUACAAUGGAAUAAAAUUUAUUAUUAAUUAAAAUUUUUUGUUAGAAAUUUGUGAAAUUCAGUUACUGGUAAGGCUAAAGUGAAU